GGUCGCUGGUGGAGUGCAGCCACUCGAUGCCACACAACAACAACAGACAACCAUGCAGCCCAAUCAACAACAGCUCGAACAACACAACAACCACAACGCACACACGAGCGACCCGAGUCGCCACUGCGCCCGCUGCACCACCGAAUUGGGGCGCAUCACCAACCGGGGCGCCCCCUGUCGCGUCUGCAAGCUGCGCGUGUGCAAAGCCUGUCGCGAAUUCACAUCGCGCACCACGGACUGGGUGUGCGUGGUGUGCCACAAGCAAAUGGAGAUACAGUCGGCCAGCGGCGAGUGGCUGAAGGACGCCUACGCCCUGGGAUCCUGCAGUGCCGUCGACCAUCUAACCACCAGCGACGUCCUGAGGAAGAGCAUCCGUCGUUCCUGGACCAUAUCGAACCCCGAGGACGACCCGAACAACCCCAACUCGCAGCAGCCGGUGGCGGACAACCUGUACCCGCAGCAGCAGCAUCUGAUUGAGGCCCAGUCGGCGGGCAGCUACCCCACCCUGCACCAGCACCACCAGCAGCACCACCUGCCCCCGCAGCCGCGGCCCACGCACGGCCUCAACUACGGCAGUGGCACCGCCACGCCCACCACCAGCAGCAAGUGGCAGCUGGGCCGCCGCGUCCUGCGUCAGUCGACGCUCCCGAGCAGCCUGAACAACGACCCGGCCAUCAGUGGCAGCGGUGGCAACCUGGCCAACUACAACUCCGUCAACCUGACGGCGCCCACAUCGCCGCAUCAGCUGCAGAAGAGUCCGCUCUACCCGAGCGCCUACAACAGCGACGACGUCAUCCACAUGAACACCAUGCCGGGCAUGGGAAUGGGCGUGGGUGUUACAGUGGGUGACUGCGACAACUACGCACAGCAGCAACAGCAGCAGCAGCAGCAGCAACCCCAACUGGAGGUCACGCCCACGCACCAUCGGCUGCAGGUGCGCCGCCAAUCCACGCUGCCAGCUCAGCCCACCCCGGCCAUCUACAUGUCCACCUCGCCGAACCGCCUGUACAGUCGCUCCCCGGAAAGAUCGCCGGGGGAGCAGCAGCGCUAUCCGCCCUUCAUGCGGCAGACCUCGUUCCCGGAGCCGCCGAGCACCUAUCAUCGCACCAAGCUGCUGCCCAGCACGGGAGCCCCUCCAGCGGCGGCGGCACCGCCACCCCUGAACUACGAGUCCCAGGCCUCCAGUAUGGCCAGCGAUGAGCAGGAUGUGGGCCCCAUGCCCAAGCCCAGAAUGACGCGGCAGGCCACGCUCCCGAAUCCCGAGCAGCAUGUCAAGCUACUGCCCACUUCGCCGCCAAAGCGACAGACUUCCCCGCAGUUUCGACGUUCUCCGGAGUUUAUGCGUCAGCAGACGUUGCCCAAUCCGGAGGCGUUCAACAGUGGAAACACCCUUACAGUGCACUCCACACCGCCGGGGAAAUUCAUGCCCAUCUCGCCCAGGGCCAAGCAGAAUUUCCUCUUCCCAAGUGUCCCAAAUCCUCGUCAGUUUCUCUCCCAGCCCCAUGUGCCCACCGUGGGAGGCACUGAUCUGGGCAGUGGAGGCAGUGUGGCCAGCACUGGUGGCCCUUGUGGCGAGCAGUACUCCAGUAGCCAGAGUGUGAACAUCCAUCACUCCCGUGAUCCGCAUGCCAAGAUGAUCAAGGUGCGCAGCCACAGCAACGAGGAGUACUCGAACACCAAGGCACAUCCGGAGAACAGGCGAUUGCUGCCGGAGAUUCCCACCACUGUGCAGCGACCUGGUGGUCGAUCGCCCAGUCGCCUGGUGCGACAGGACUGCCUCAAGGAGGAGCGUACCUUCGGGGAGGCCAAGCAGCAGUUCCAUCAGUUUCCCGAUGUCACCGAAGAGCUGGACAAUCGUCCGGAGUAUGUGGAUUACUUUGGUGAUAGCGCCACUAGCUUCCUGGAGUCCGACGAGGUGCAGUACGAGCGGAACUACAAUGCCGGAUUCAGCAGUGAGCCGCGCAUUAUUUACAACAAUGGAUCGGACGAUGGUAGCUACCAGAACUCCUCCCAGCGGCCCAUCUACAGUGCCGAGAAUGUCCUAGCCGACUCGGGCUACGGAGGAGGUGGCGGCGUGGGCCUGGGAGCCAGUGGUGGUUCGGGUGGCGUGCCCACCUACUAUCCCGACAUGGGCACUCCGCAGGGCUUCUACGGCGGAGCCGCUCUGCCCCGCACUCCCUUGAUGCACAACCGCCUCAGGCGACGGCAGUCCAGGGAGCUGCAGAUGCAGCAGGAGGAACUGGCCCAGCUCUCACAGGUCUCGGAUGCCAGUGGCAAGGGCUCCGGCAACGAAGGUGCCUCCAGCAGCGGCGGAGCCUCCGAUGGCCACGCCGCCGAACGACGAAAGCCCGAGCAGAUGCGCUCUGUGUCGGAGGACUCGGGAGCUAAGACCACUCCCAAGCCGGUCACACGACGAUCCUUCUCGCACCCCGAAAAGGACACGCAGCCCACGAAGAAAACGGAGAUUUCAAAGAUACCCAGCCCUCGACCCCUGGCUGAUAUCCUGGACAAAACAAGGGGCAACUCCAAGAUUCCCCAGGCGAGACGUCGCAACAGUCGCACGGGAAUCGGGGAGGCUGAGGAGGGUAGCACGCCCCAGCACAUUUACUCCUUCCAUCAACAGCUUAUGCAUAGAAACUCUGAUUUAGCCAUGCGCCUGAAAAAAACAGAAAUUCCUGUCGCCUCAGUAGCAUCAGCAGCCGCCGGCCAGGAGGAGAAUCAGAGCACCCCGAAUCCCCAGGGGGAAUCGCAGGGCCAGGGUUCUGGAGCGGAGCAGCCGGUCAACGGCAAGUCUCUCGAGUCCUCCAACAAGGCCAACAAGGAGCAGCCCCAGCAACAGGGCGACCCCAACAGCUCGGCGGAGGCCGCCCACACCAGCACUCUGGGCGAGCAGGAGCUGCAGAAUGCAGUGGAGGCCGCGGCGGUGGUCUUCAAGAAGGUCGUGCUGCAGCGGCGCAAGGAGAAGGAGAAGGCCGCCGAAGAAGGCGUGCAGCAGCAGCAGCUGUCGGUGGUUUCCGGUGAUACCGGUGGAUUAGGAGGGGGCGAUGCCAUGGAAACGUCAUCGUCAUCGGAGCUGGACUUCAGGUGUUCCACUCAGCACGGACGCCAGCAGCAGCAGUCGCAGUACAGCGUUGAAGCCGACGAGUUCAAGCUCGUCUUCCUCAACUCGGAUUCAUCGUCCUCCUGUCACGGCGAAGAAGAGGAAGAGGAGGAGGAGGAUGACACGGACUCCUCCUGCUCCACGCACCACUGUCACAGCAUUGUGAGCAAUGUGGAGGAUUGCGAUUGGGACUACUUUGAGCCCUCCAUGAUCUCCACCACCACGACGACGACAACCACGAUGAUUGCCUAUAGCACAGCCCGUGCCACGCCCACCCCGCCGCCGCGGGUGAGGCGUCAGUCCAGCGACAGUGAUUCCCCCCUGGUGCAGAGACGCACCCAGCCACUGAGGAGCAGCUACUGCCCCAGGAUCAGGGAGAGUGACACGGGCACCGACGAGGAGUUUGUCCUGAACACCGAGAGCAGUUCCCAGACCAGCUCCGAUCAGACCCCGCCGCCAGUGCCACCUCCUCCCCAUCCACUGAGCAUGAAGACCCGGAUCAAGACGCGUUUCCUAAAGAACCACCACCACAGCCACAACCGCUGCAGCUGCAAUCCCAGCCAGCAACAGCAGCAGCAGCAACCGCAGUAUGUGCCCAUCCCGGUGCCCGUGCCCAUUCCCGUGCCCAUGGCCGCCUAUCCCAACUGGCCCGAUGCGGCCGGUAAUCCCCUCCUGGAACAGGACGAGCAGCUGGCCGCCAGUCUGCAGCAGCUGUGGAAGGCGGCCGGUCAGCAGCAGCAAUUUGCCGCCAUAGUUGCGGCCUACUCGCAGCAAUUCGCGGCGGCCAGCAGCAACAUGUUUGAUGCAACGCCGCCGGUGACCAGCAAGAGUUACCAACAACUGCCCACCACUCCGCCGCCAAUGACGCCGAACCGCUUGAGAGGAUUGGGCCUGGGCGGGUUCAAGUCCUCGGCGCCAGAGCUGAGUGCUUCGCUGGGCUCGCUGAUGACGCAGUCGCUGUGCUCGACCAUAUCCUCCUCCUCCUCGUCCAGCACAUCGGGCUAUGGCACGGCGGGACGGAGUCUGGAGACGCUGGCCAGUCCCAAGCGGGCUGCCAACUCGAUGCACCAGCAGCAACAGCAACAGCAAUACCAACAACAGCAGCAGCAGCAACAAAUGGCCAGCAAUGCUUUCAAGCCAAAGCCAACAAGUUUAGUAGCGUCGCGUUCGCCGACGGGUGAGCAUCCAGAAACGAGCAGCGCGCGUCGCGGCAGCAGCAGCAGCAACAGCAGCGAGAGCGACGACAGCAACACCAAGAGCAGCAGCAGCAGCAGCAGCAACAGCAACACCAAGAGCAGCAGCAACAACAAUAUCGCAACGCCCACAACGGGGAGAUUGUGUAAUGUUUAUGAUAAAACCGGCACAUUGCCAGAGCCCGCCGUUCAGGCACAUGUUGCCAGUGUAGAUAAGAGCCCAGCAGCGGCAGCAGCAGCAGCAAUAUCAACAGCAACAACAGCGACAUCCACAAAGGGAAGCGCUCCGAGAGUGGCCAGCAAAUACCAGAGCCGAAAUCUAUGCGAAACCCAGCCAGGGGCAACAACACAAACCUACCUGGCCAGUAAAAACAGCCACGAAGAAGUGGAAACGAAUAUACAUAAAAAUCAAGUACCAGCAGCAGCAGCAGCAACAACAGCAACACAAACACAAACAGCAACUAGAGCUGCGGCUCCUGCGGUAAUAACUCGUUUCGGCGGGCUUGCAGUCGAAAAUGCUGUUGGAAAUGUGGCUAAAGGUGGCUGUCCCAAUCCCAGUACCAAUCCCAAACCCAGAGCCCAGCACCCCGAGCACAUAGAUCAGCGGUCGGCGGCGGAGACUGCCAAGAAUUUGUCCUCCAAUCGACUUAUAGAGAGCAUCAAGAUGUCCGAUGAGGCAUCGCCGUCGGCUUCUGCCCAUCUGCAGAGCGAGAGCUAUGCGGCCAGCAGUCCAGAUGAGGCCAGCAGCAAUAGUAGUCAGGAGGAGGGGGAUAGGGAAGAGAAUCCGCAUCGGAAGCAGGAGCAUGAGCAGCCCAAGCCGCGUAAGACCACCCAGAGGAGCUACAAUGUGGCGGGAAUGAUGGAGGAGCAGCCAGAUCCAGAGGUAAGCCCAGAGGAGCAGCGCCACCACAGCACCACCAGCGACUCCGGCUCCAGUAGCUCCAGCUCCAACUCCAGUUCCAGCUCGGAGUCCUGCGACUCGGAUGACACGGGCACAGUGCGCGAUCGCCGGCCCAAGCGGAGGAGGUUCAACAAGGUGUUCAUAGUGAAUAGACAGCCUGGAGCGCGGGUGAGACGCAGUUCCUCCACCGAGGGCGAUUCCCUGUCCUCCUCGGAGGCCAAUCUCGAAGACUCAUCCGACAAUGAUACGGACACCGAGCGCACCGACUGUGGGAUUGUAUUGAACUAUGUGAAACCGCUAGAGGAGGAGGCCAAGAAAGCGGAGGAGGAGGUGGAUGCGCCGGCUGCACGUGAUUGCCAAUCGAGUGACGAGGCGGAGGAGGAUGAUGAUGAAAGUGAACGCCGUGUUGCCAACUCAAGCGAUGAGCUGGCCAACUGCAUUGUGGUGGUGGGCGGGCAGACGGAUGACGCCUCCGCCGGCGUGGUGCUGCACCGCAUGCGAUCGCUGCCAGACGAGGGGGACCAGCAAUUAGAGCGCUGCCACUUGGAGGCUAGCGAUGCCCUGGCCGCCUGCGACGAGCUGCACAGCAUCUCCAACGAUGUGAACCGACUGCUGGAGCUGCACAAGCAGAAUUCCCAGCUGGAGAUGAAGCUGCAGCGCCUGCGCCAGGGAGUGGCCGAAAUCAAUGAGGAUCUGCAGCUGUCCAAUGGCGAUGGUAGCAGUGACACUCGUGUGGCUGCCACCCACUCAGGUAGUCCCGGGAAGCCCGACGAGUGCAGCCCUUCUCGGAAAAGCCCCUCUAAUGAGCUGGGCCUCACCUGCCGCGCCGAGCAGGUAAACGAAAAAGCAGAGGCAAAAGCAAACAGCGAUGAGCAGAGUGGCAGAACAGCUGAGCAAACUGGGCAAACCGAGCGGAGGGUCGGCACAUGCAGCCAAGCAUGCAAAAUAAACGACAACAACAGCGGCGACUACUCGCUGGAUUCACUCUCGGUAACUCCGGCGAGUUUGGGCUGCCCACCUGAGCAGGUAGAAGAGAGCGUUCUGGAAGCACUACCUGGCAGAGCCGCUCGCGAGCAGCGGCAAUAUCAUCGGUUUGGAGCGGCGGCGGAGUCUCUGGAGUCGCCAGUCGAAAAUGAAAUGUUAAACGUCGCGGUCGCUCCACGCUCGGCGCUCCUCAGCGGCAACAACAAUACCACGAACAACAGCAACGAUAAUAGCCAUAAGGAAAACACCAACAACAACGGCAGCGAACUUGGCCAUAAUAAUAAUGACGCUUUCGCAGCACAAAAAAAGACGUGGAAUAGCGGUGCGAGUGACGUAGUGAGUGUGAAUUCAAAUGUGAGUGGUGAAAACGAGUGUGACUACGACAAGAUAUUCGGCAGCCAUCAGCAAAGCACUCCGAGUGCAACAGUUGCAGCAGCAGCAGCAUCAGCAGCACCUGACACACCUGCAACACUGCCCAGCGAGGUGGCUUCGCCCAAAAAUUCACUUUCAGCCAAGUAUCGCAGUUUGGUCAUGAUCACCAAAGACAAUGAAAGUGCAGCUGGCGAUUACGAAAUGGCAAACACCAGCAGCAGCAACAGCAGCAGCGUACACCACAGCAACACCAGCCACACCAGCCACACCAGCAACAAAGGCCCCUCCGGCAGCAACUCUUUUGGCCAGAACUUUGCGGGUGACUCAUUUCGCGCCUUGGAACUCGUGAGCAGCGAUCGCGAAUCGUACAGUGUGGACUCGCUAAACGACACGCCCGCUGUACCCGAGAUCAGUGUGGAGGAUGGCCUGGCGGACGAUGACUCCUGGGUGGAGGAACUGAGCCAGCGAGGUGAAGAUGAGGACGAGGAGCUGAGCAAUGCCACCACCACGCCCACGGCCACGGAUUCGGAGGAUGCGGAGGGCGAGAGUGAGGGAGGAGCCAGGAGACAGGGAUAUCUGGACAGGGAGGAGGAGCUGAGGGGCUACAACAGAUCCGCCAUUGACUUCACCCUGCACACGAUAGUGGAGGAGAGCUGCGAGGAAAGCGAGGUGGCCUCCAUGCGGGCGGACAACGACGAAGCCGAACUGGAGGAUGAAGAUCUGGCCGAGAGAAGGAGGCAACGCACCCUGCAGCACCACCACCGACUGAGUGCCUCCGAACUGGAGAAGUACUUCUUCUUCGGCCUGGGCGAUGGCCGGGUAAUGAGUUCCAUCGAUACCCGCGGGGAUGACACCGCCUCCGAGGUGAGUUCCGAGUGCUCCGAGAGCAUGGACUCCUUGCCGCACGAUGAUCAGCUGCUGGACACUAGUGGAGCCUCCGAUCUGGCCUCUUCCCGUCUGGAAAAGUACUUCCUUUCCGGCUUCAUGGGUUUUAAUAGCUCCGAAAAGCAGGCGGAGAGCGAUGAGAGUGGAGGCAGUGUGGGCAGCGAUAGUGAGGGUCAUCCAAGUCCCAGUCAGCGAAGGAAGCGACUGGUGCGGGCCAGGGGAACUCCCAGGAGUCACAACUCCUCCCUGGACAAUCUCCUGCUGCCGGAAACGGAUACUCUGGAUGCCACUGUUACAUCAGCGGGAGGAUCAGCUGCCGCCACUGUGGAGGACACCUCUGAAUCGGAGGCGGGCUGUGACGACACUGUGAUCCAUCUGGCCAACGCUGGAGCCUCGGAUGGCUCCUCCUCGGACACUAUCAAGCGCAAGAAGCAGCUGCGCAAGCGCCACGACUCCCUGGACGAGAAGAAGCUGCACGAUCUGGAGCCCUCCGAGUGCCGGACACCCACUCCGGGCGGAGGUAGUGGUGGCGUUAGCCAGGUGCAAUUGCAAUCCCAGGCCAAGAAGCAGCAGCAACAGCACCACCACAGCCGGGACAGUGGUUUCGUGGGCAGCAACGAUGAUCUGCUGAAGGCGGCUCCGGAUUGUGAGCCACCCAAGAGUCCAACGCCUGCUCUGGAGCAGAUCACCGAGGAUCGGGAACCGGCUCACAGCCAGAUCAGUCUGGCCAAGAUGGAUCUGCCCAGCACUUCGGCAGCUGCAGCGGCUGCCACUCCCCUGACCAGCCAACUGAGGAACCUAGCCCUGCCUAACCUGGUGAGAAAAGAUAGCUUCAACAACUGGAGCUCCGACGAGGAGACCAAUCUCAUGAUGAGCAAGAUGAGGCAGUUCUUCAAGACUCUGAUCGUGGCCACCGCCAAUGCUCAGCAGAGCAAGCCCACCACUCCCAAUCAGGGUCAGGUCCAGAGCACCACUCCCAGUUCUCAGCGCAGAUUGGCCAAAUCCCGGCCAGCUCAGUUGGCCUACUUCGAGAACGAGCUGACCCGGCUAAUGAAGACAGUGCCGGGCAUAAAUGACGAGCAGGUGCGCGAAAUAGUGGAGUACCUGAGCAGCGAAGACACGUGGUCCGAUUCCUAUGACUCCUCGGACUACACGAGCUCUGACCUGGAGGGCGGCGAAAGGAAGGGCCAGCUGAAGGCCCAGAUCUCGGCCAGCUGCCAGCAAAUCAUCAACAAAUUUGAAAUCGACGAGGAGGGCGAUCGCGGAGAUGGCGGCCUCCUGGACGAGAGCCAAAGUGUGCCCAUGGAGGCCUUGGUGUACCAGAAACUGGUGGCUUCCUUUAGCAAGGUAGCCGCGGGCGGAGAACCGCAGAUUGAAGCUGCCCAGGAGGUCGAGAAGGAGGCGGAGCCCUCCACGGAGAGAUCCCCGCAACUGUUUGCCAAGGUGAUGCAGCACAUCGGCACCCGGCUGGUGGCCCUGAUGCACGAAGUGAGCAGCGGGAACGAGACGCCAACACCAUCGCCGCAAGGACAGCGGCACCAUCGUAGACUGCAGGCCAAGAUCUCGGCCACCACGACGGAGGAUGAGGAGGACGAGGUGGAAGAGCAGCUGAGGGCCAUGCCCGUCAAGCAGCUCAAGCUGCGCAGCAGAUCCCAUGAUCUUCUGCUGGAUGGAAGCACACCCCAUUCGCACAUGCACCUGCACCAGGCCACGGUGCAUCAUCCGGGGAUCAGUGGAGCAGCGGGAGCGGGAGGAGGAGCAGGAUCUGCAGGAGGAUCCUCCGGCAUGCCCGCACACUCGGAAACCGCCAGCGAGGAGUGCGGAGUGGCCAGUGACUACGAGCGGUUCUCGUGGCGCGGCAGUUUUGAGUCGGCAUUACUGGCUAAUGGCGACAGCAGAACGAGGCUCAGCCAGCUGAGCCAACUGGACAGGGAUAACUCGUCGUCUGCGUCCGCUUUGGCUGUGGCAAAGCGCCGAUCGGCAGGCGACCUCCUCUUCAGCCAGCACCAGGUGAGCCUCAGCCGCGAGCAGUUGGACCGCGUCCGCUCCUGCGGCAGCAUCGGCGGCGGCGAUGCCCACCACCACCAGUUGGAGGCGUCGCCGGUCAAGCCUUGGCUCUCCUCGGCGGGCUCCUCGCUUGGCGGCGACUCCACCAAGGAUGUGCGGCGUUCCAGUGUGCCGGAUGCCAUCUACGAGACGGAUUCCAGCGAUGAGGCUGCCUCCAAUCAGUUUGGCGGCGCCAGAUCCACGUUGCCGCGGAGUCUCAACUCCGGCCAGGUGGUGGCCAGCACGAACUCGCUGCCCAGGCUGCCCACCACCGGAGCGGGUGCACCCAUCACUAGUACGCCCAAGACCAAGUCCCAGAGCGCCCUGAAUCACACACCCUCCAAUUUGUCCACCGUUUCGGCCACUGGCAGUGCCAAGAGUGCGAGAUACCGCUCGCCAGGACUGGCGGCCCGAGCGGCGGCUGUCAGUUCGGCGGGCGGAGCUUCUGCCAGUGGAGUGGGGGCCAGCGGUGGUUCCACGGGCUCCAAGAAACUGGGCGCGGGCUUCCAGUUCCUCUACUCCAAGCGCGAUGCGCGCAAACGUCUCAACAUGUCAGCGGAGGAGGCCAAAGUGGCCGCCGAGGAACUGUCUCGAUCGCCGGUGAUUGGCCAUCGGCAGGCAGAUGGCUCCGGCAGCCCCAUCCAGUCGCGUGCCUCCAGCGAAACGUGGCCCACCCAGUCGGACGAGGACAUCGAUCGGCUGGUGGCCAUGCACCAGAACCGCAGCAGUCUCAGCUCGCUGGGGGUUCGGUCGGAGUCCAUGGCCAGCGUUUACUCGGGAGCCGGCGAAGGUCGCUAUGGCACCGUGGUGGUCAAGGGUCAGGUGGAGUUCGCCAUGCAGUACAACUACAAGCUGAGUGCUUUGGAAGUCCAUGUGGUGCGCUGCAAGGACCUGGCUGCCGUGGAUGCCAAGCGCAAUCGCAGCGAUCCCUAUGUGAAGGUAUAUCUUCUGCCCGACAAAUCGAAGGCCGGCAAGCGCAAAACCAAAGUCAAGAAGCACACCCUGAAUCCCAUCUUCGACGAGACGAUGCGCUUCCACACUCCCAUUUCCAGCCUGGAGUCGCGCACUCUGUGGCUCACCGUCUGGCACUCGGAUAUGUUUGGCCGGAACGACUUCCUGGGCGAGGUCAGCGUCAAUUUGCAGGGUCGCCUCUUUGACAACCCCCAGUCGCAGUGGUAUCUCCUCCAAGAACGAAGCGAACCCUUCGACGAGGUGGCCACCUACAGGGGUGACAUUGUGGUGGGCUUGAAGUACAUUCCCCCGGAGAACAUCAAGUCCUCGUUCUUCUCGCGCGGCUCCUCCAUUACGGGCAGCUCCUCCAAUCUGCGCAAAUUCGGAGGCAGCAUCAAGUCGGUGGCCUCCAAGUCGGAUCGGACCUCCAAGGGCGGCCAGCUGCAUGUGCUGGUCAAGGAGGCCAAGCACCUGAGUCCCAUCAAGGCCAAUGGAACCUGCGACGCCUUCUGCAAGAGCUAUUUACUGCCCGAUCGCACGCGCAGCUCCAAGCAAAAGACGCCGGUGGUGAAGCGCACUUUGCAUCCCAGCUGGAACUACACCUUUGUUUACGAGGACGUCUCCCUGGAGGAGUUGUCGGAACGCGCCCUGGAGCUCACCGUCUGGGAUCACGAUCGUCUGGCCAGCAAUGAGUUUGUUGGCGGCAUACGCUUCUCCCUGGGAACAGGUCGCAGCUAUGGUCGUCAGGUGGAGUGGAUGGAUGCCACCGGCAAGGAGCUCUCCCUGUGGCAGAACAUGCUGGAUCGGCCGAACUUCUGGGUGGAGGGCAGCUUGGUGCUGCGCUCCAGCUUGGAUGGCAUUCGAGCCAAUUUGCCAUAGGCCCACAGAAAGUAACUUAUUGUUUAGAACCGAGACAAGCCACAAAAUCGCAGUUGGAAUGGCCGAAAUCCACACUGCACUGUAUUGUAUUGUAUUAAUUAUGCGAUAAUUAUCAAUUAACGAUCACGUCGACUCUGAGAAGCAUUACUAGCGGUUUAAGAAGGAACACGAUUGUAACAUUCACAAGUUAGAGUUAAGAGUGUGGAACGAUGAUUUCUGAAUACUCGAAUAUGGCGAUGACGCUGCAAGUAGCAGAUACGAAAAAGCAAAAAGCAAGUAAUCAAGGCAGACACGAGAAACUAAGCGAAAAACAAACCUUAUCAAGUUUAUGGCACUAAUUGUAAGCGCAAUUCUCAGCUCUUCGAUGCAGAUAAAAACUAAAAGCAAAACUGUAAAGCAAAACAAACGAUGAGGCCCCAAGGUUGGGCUGCCUAGAAAUUAAGACAAUUUGUAUGUGUGUGUUUUUUUCCCACCUCUCCCCUCCGAGAGGCGUUCGCAAUUGGCAUACUAUAUGCGCUAAACUACGAUAAACCUAUAGAUAAACGUACAGUUUAAACCUAGUUAAACCGAGGCAUAAGCUUACUAUGUAUAACUCUACCCAUAAUAUCCGAGAAAUACAAAUAACACUUUUGUAAAUUCCA